CACGGACAAUAUUUUCGUCAGCCUUUGCGCCAGUUUAUAUUCAGUGUUUUUAAUGUUUCCAAACCAUUGUAGUGCAUCGACGUUUCCAUCCACAUUGUUUUUAGCAAUCUGGCAUCCUGUCAUCGGUUUCAGUUUGGUAACAAUACAUUCAAGUGGCCAGUGUUUCGUGGAAGCUGCUACUGCGGCGCUUGUAUUUUGUUCGUUGUUAUCAGUGUCUAUUAUGCACGGUAAGGAGUAAAAUUCCGAGUGUUUUGUGUUGUCAAUAUGUGCACGCCAACACAAGGCGCCAUGCUACCUUAUGGCCUGAAGCUUCCUUCUACGUAUUUCCCUUUUGGGCCUGGCGGGGGACUCACACAAGCCCACUUAUCAGCUCUGGAUUUCCAACGAUCGCAGAUUAACGAUUAUAACAUCAGAGUCCAGCUCGGAUUGCGGAACUACCAAAAUUCCUUAGGUCUGUCUCCGUUCCACGCAUAUAUCACCGACCCUUAUGCCCAAGCGUACUUCUACAAGCACGACCCUCGCGCCAGAUUUGUGCAAGAAGAACCCAAACCUAGUCACAGCUAUAUCGGCCUGAUCGGUAUGGCUAUUCUCAACGCCAAAGAAAAGAAACUAGUCUUGAGUGAUAUCUAUCAGUGGAUUCUCGACAACUACCCGUAUUUCCGAACCCGCGGGCCUGGGUGGAGGAAUAGCAUCCGACACAAUUUAUCAUUGAACGACUGUUUUAUUAAAGCGGGUCGAAGCGCCAACGGGAAGGGUCACUACUGGGCCGUCCACCCGGCAAACGUGGAAGAUUUUGAACGAGGAGACUUCCGACGUAGACGAGCUCAGAGGAAAGUCCGGCGUCAUAUGGGCCUGUCGGUGCCUGACGACGACGAUAGUCCGACACCGUCACCGUCACAGCCGUGGGCCCAACACGAUUCUGGUCCUGACUCGGACAGGGGUCAUUCCGAGCCUUCGGUGACUCCUGGGUCGCACGGGCUGAGAUUGGGGCUCCCGGGGAAAGAAGCCGACCUCCCCCUCCUCCCACACUCCAGCCCCAUGUACGCCCCUGCCCCUCCCCAAACCAGAAAACCCAGCAGAAAACGCCUUUUUGAUAUGGCGAGUCUUCUGGCUCCUGACGAUGACGACGAUGUUCCUGACCCCGGAAAGCGACAUGCUAGGUCAGAAAAUGACGACAACAACGUCCACUCGGCGUUCAUAUUUCAACCAAUUCCUGAGAACAGAGUCGGAGAAAACGUCAAGAGAGAGUUCAACUCUCUGCGCGACCCAGUAGCAUAUGAUCCUACUAAAUCCUGUCCUAGUCAACACGUGUUUAGCAGGGAGGGUACCCGGGAGUUUGACUUUCAAGGGAAAGAGACUUUCUCUGACAGCGAAAAUGAAAAUCGUGACGCCGACGAGGAGGACGAUAACGAAGAAAUACAAGUGACGUCAGGAGAGGAAUCUCCUUUGACACAUCUAGAAGAUUCUCGAGCUGAGGAGAAGACAUUUACAGCCCACGAGGAGGACACGAAGCCUCACUUAUCCGAGAGACAUAAUGUAGAUACAACGGGGUCUUCAGCCUCUUCCUCUUCCUCCCACAGCAUAGAGCGACGACUUAUCAGCCAGGGAUCACCAAAUAAGUCAGUUCCAGAAAAUGCAAUGGACUUAACUUCCGGUUUUUCACCUACGGUGUCACCCUCGUCAUCUUCCCCCACAGGAGUACAUUAUGGAUUGGGUCCUUCAAAGACCAGGGUCAAGAGAGAAGAUCUAAGGUCUUAUGGUCAGAUGACCACAAACGAUGACCGCACACCAAGAACCUCAAAGACCAAUGGCGAGGCAUCCAUUAACAAGGAGAUUAGCUUUGCUUCUGGUCAGGGAACUUCAAAAUUGCUAAAUGAACAAUCAGAAACCUACUCCCAAAGCGGUUUGGAAAAUAUGGCUGGUGAUAGGAGUCCUGAGGGACCACGUGACUCUGGCCAGAGGUCCCCGAGACGGACACCACAUGAAGGCAAUCAUUCUGAAAAUCCCGAGUCCGUCACAUCGCGUGGUAGUGAACUGGAAGCCACCCCGGGCAGUUCUCACAACAUACGACACGAUAAUCUUGCACAACUGCAACUACUCAGGAACGCAGACAUGAAACUCGGUUUCGAACGUGGACGUCCGACAGAGCUGGGCCCGAGACUUUACAACGGGGAGACGCAGCCCAGAUCUUCUGCCGGAGACGACCCCAGCAAACUGGCCGCCAUGGGUAUGGUCAGCGGGAUGUGCCCGAUGUCCGAGGCCCUGCGACGCUCGAGCGAGGGGGUCACCUCGUGGUCAAACAUUUCCAAAAGUCCUUCUCCCAGAGACAGACUCAGCGCCUUCAGCAGCCUGGGCCUGAGACAACACACAGCUCUCUACCCGCCACAGUUCCAGCAUAACAUCAUGCGGGCCUUCCCGGUCCCACCAGCUGGACAGCGGCUACUCCUGCCAGUCUCAGGACAGGCCGGACCCCGAGGAUCUAUCCCGCCCAGCCCUAUGCCUCGCGGACCUACUUCUUUUGACCCGCCUUCCUGCCCACAGGUGGUCAAGGACCAGAAGCAUGAGUGAGGGCUUGACCCGUGGUCAUCAAGAUGUCCCAGCAAUACAGAACUGCCACAAAAGAAAAUGGCAACAUUUGCAAACAGCAAGAACGCGUGACGUCUGCUCGUCUUCAGGGGCUGAGAGUGCCGCAGAGACAACGGAGACAAGGGAGAGACAACUCCAGAGUGCGCAAAAUUGGACGUUUCUCAAGCCUUGUGAUCUAGAUGGGGCCAAAAAAAAGGAAUAAAAAUUGGAACUAAAUAACUUAAUGUUCUGUUUCAAUGAAAUGUGUUGGGAGCUUUUCCCCUCGAGAAAAAUUCGAGGAUCUUGGACAAUCGUGAAAGAGACGGCGGUUUUGACCCGUAUGACCGCAGUAUUCUUUCCUGGUGAUUCUUUGGUAAAUACGUUUUGGGUCGUGUGGUUUAUUUGGUGGAGCAAGUCAGACACAAUCUUUUGUGUCUUGUUUCGUUUCUUGGAUCAUUACCAUGAAGAUGUUUUAAUGUUCACUUUUAACUGAGAUAAUAUAUUGAUGUUACAGAAGGCAGUUGUUCACUGCAAACAAUUAAUUGAUGUUUGGUUUUGUGGUAGCAUUGUCUGUUAAUACUCACCGAUCUCUACAAAAUGGUUCGUCUGUAGUGUGGUCAAAACAAUGCAUUUAUGUCGUUAAUAGUAAAUUUAUGUUGCGAAUUCUUGAAUUUAACCUCUCAUUCGGCAUGGCUUUAAGGACCUAGUGUUUUAAUCAAAAUUAAAUUUAAUGAAAUUACGAACAUUAAUUUUACGUCCUUUUUUUGCAGGAGAAUAACAGUUGUCUGAGAAACUCAUUGUCCCACUCCCAUUUUCCAUUAAUGAUAAUUAUGACCUUUAGGAAAUUCGACUCAGUUUUACAAAAUCCUCUACCCAUUUUAGUGAGAACGUCGUAGAUUGAAUUAAAUACUCGAAGAUAAAAAGAGUCCCCGAGAGAGGGGUGAAACAACAGUAAAGACAGGUGUGUGGAAAGAUUUUUGUUGACCACAGUGUCAUUUGGCCAAAUGUUGUGGGGCACCUUUUCUGGCAAGUUAAUGUUGCUUGUAGGGAGCUUAGAACAUACGUGCCAGGGGCAGCGAAAAAAUAA